AUGGAUGGCUCCUAUCGCUCUGUGGAGCUGAAGCACGGCAACAACACCACUGUGCAGCAGAUAAUGGAGGGCAUGCGGCUCUCCCAGGAGACCCAGCAGUACUUCACCAUUUGGAUUUGUUCAGAGAACCUCCACCUGCAGCUGAAGCCAUACCACAAGCCUCUGCAGCAUCUCCGUAUUUGGACGGAGAUUGUGACAGACUUAACGGUGUUAGAUCCUCAAAGGGAGACUCCUCAACUCUUUCUUCGCAGGGACGUUCGUCUGCCUCUUGAAAUAGAGAAGAAGGUGGAAGAUCCACUUGCCAUCCUCAUCCUGUUUGAUGAGGCUCGUCAUUGCCUGCUGAAAGGCUACUUUCCUGCUCCGGACAGUAAACUGAUAACUUUGGCCAGCCUCCUCCUGCAGAUCAUCUAUGGAAACUAUGAGAGCAAGAAGCAUAAACAAGGCUUCCUCAAUGAGGAAAACCUGAAAUCAAUAGUGCCAAUCUCAAAGGUGAAAAGCAAGGCAUACCACUGGACCAACAGGAUUCUUCAUGAAUACAAAGCUCUGAGCACCAGUGAGGGAGUGAGCAAAGAAAUGCACCACCUGCAGAGACUCUUUUUACAAAACUGUUGGGACAUCCCAACCUACGGCGCCGCCUUCUUCACUGGCCAGGUCUACACCAAGGCCAGCGCCAGCAACCACAAAGUCAUCAGAGUGUAUGUCGGGGUCAACACAAAGGGACUCCACCUGAUGAACAUGGAGACCAAGGUCCUUCUCAUCAGUUUAGAGUAUGGCACGUUCAUGUGGCAGCUCGGGCAUGCUGACCAGUACUUCCAGAUCCACAGUGGGGACAACAAGAUGAACUUCAUUGUGCACACAAAACAGGCUGGCCUUAUUGUGAAGCUUUUAAUGAAACUAAGUGGACACAUGACUCCAACUGAAAAAGGUCCUACGGAUAAAUAUGCCUACGGCUGAGGACAUUUCAAGAAACUGAAUCUGCCAAAAACCUGCAAACACAUCCCUUACACUGACCAUCCUCACCUGGAUGGAGAGUUCGACUCGCCAGAGUGGCCUUUUUUAUGGACAGCAAUCUAACCUAUCUUGGUGUGUUACGAGUCCAGCAUUUUGAAUCUAUGUAAAUAGUUUUAUUAUUUAAU